CCAAAGCACCCUCUUUGACGAAACACUCAGUGUCACGAGUGGUCCAUUGUUUACGCGUUACGACCGGGUAAAGCCGCAAUGCAGAAUUGAUUGGAACAUGUGACAUAUAUUGUCAAUGUUCCAAGCACGAAACAGUUUAACCUGCUAAGUGGGCUCAUUUAGGGUAACGAAUCUGCACCGGGUGCAACAAGUGUAUUUGUUUACACGGUAGAUCUAUGCUACGCCCUUGUCGCCCUAAGUAAGACUCGCGAGGACAGUGGCUUUGAGGUCGAUUUCCACAAAGUGCUCGGUUGAGAGAGUACAGACAGUGGUACGCGCAUCUUUCUGUUCAACUGGUCGUCGUGGUGCAUUGUUGACAAUGUCGUUCUUCAAAAGCCUUUUUGUGUUUGGAGUCGUUGUUGUGACAUGUUGGUCGGUCUCAGGACAGUAUGUGGUCGAGAUGUCAAAAGAUUUGGAAGAAAACAUUAUGACAUCCCAAGAACAGCAGAGAGCAGCAUCCACACUUCCUGGCCUUACCAAGCCCUUUGCCUUUGCCUCCUACUACUCCAGUCACAUGGUUCUCCAGAAGGCACCGAAGAGAGCCACAAUCUGGGGCUACGCUGCCAACAUCGGUGAGGAGAUCAUCAUCAAGGUGAGCGAGAGAGGGACGUACACAACCAAGGUGUACCUUGACCCGCUCUACAACUAUGGGGCGUGGAAGCUGAAGCUGCCUGCAGAGUCGAGUGCCGGGCCCUUCACCAUCACUGCCAUAUCAAGCGAGAAGACGAUCACACUGACGGACGUGAUGUUUGGAGAUGUUUGGGUGUGCUCAGGGCAGUCCAACAUGCAGUUUACUAUGAUCCAGGGGUUCAAUGCAAGUGAGGAAUUGGCUGAUGCCAGCAACUACCCCAACAUCCGUUUGUUCACUGUCGGCGAUGUCCCUGCAUCCUUCCCCAUCCCGGACCUCCACGGCAUCUGGGAGCAGUGGGCUGUUGCUGGCAAAUCAUCAGUUGGUGGGAAGCCAUGGCGGUACUUCUCUGCUGUGUGCUGGCUGUUUGGUAAGACCCUGAACAAGAAGCUUGGCUACCCCAUCGGCCUGAUCGACACAACCUGGGGAGGGACACCAGUGGAGGCGUGGUCAUCUACAGAUGCUCUGGCCAAGUGUGGACUGGAUGAACAAACAUAUGAAGCAAAGGACCUUGAUUGGCUGAAUAUGGAAGUUGAUCCUGAAAAUCCUUUGAAUGGACCAGACGCAGUCUCCAAUCUCUGGAAUGGAAUGGUUUUCCCUCUCCUCAAUAUGACCAUAUAUGGAGCUAUCUGGUAUCAAGGUGAGGCCAACAUGGUCACCAACGUCCACAAAUACAACUGUACGUUCCCCGCCAUGAUAGAUGACUGGAGACAGAAGUUCCACAACGCAUCCGACGGAGAAACAGAUUCUCUAUUUCCGUUUGGCUUUGUGCAGUUGGCCGCCAAUCGUCCUGACAGCGCUGACCCUGGGUUCCCGGAGAUCCGGUGGCACCAGACAGCUGACUACGGCUUUGUGCCAAACCCCAGGAUGAAGAAUGUCUUCAUGUCUGUUGCCAUGGAUCUCCCAGACUUUGCCUCUCCCUAUGGAAGCAUCCACCCCAGAGACAAGCAGGAUGUUGUAGCCAGGCUGGCUGUCAGUGGGAUGAGCAUCGCCUACAACCAACAAGGAGAGGUAACUCAGGGGCCUCUACCAGCACACGUACAGGAAGGGACAACAAACCUCACCCUGAUGUACACAGAGAAGAUCAAGUACAACAACCUGGUCGGAUUUGAAUUUCUGUGCUCUGUAGAAAACUCCAGCAAGACAUUCUGGACCCCCACCCCCAUCCUGUCUGCCCUCCCAACCAGCAUCACAUUGUACUCCCUGGUGUGUGGGGAGGGGCAGACUGUCCUGGGGCUCAGAUACAGCUGGAGGGAGUCCCCCUGUGCCUUCAAGACCUGCACGGUGUACUCGGCGGACAACCCUCUCCUCCCUGGACCUCCCUUCCUGGUGUACCGGAAGAUGACCGGGGUAGCUGGGACAGUUCACACUAUAGACUGGAACACUCCGACUACCAUUCACAAUUAAUACAUUAUAGAGGCAGACACACAUAUAGACUUUAUACAGUUUUUCAUAGACUGGAACACUCCGACUGCCAUUCACAAUUAAUACAUUACAGAGGCAGACACACAUAUAGACUUUAUACAGUUUUUCAUAGACUGGACCACACCGACUGCAAUUCACAAUUAAUACAUUAUAGAGGCAGACACACAUAUAGACUUUAUACAGUAUUUCAUAGACUGGAACACACCGACUGUCAUUCAUAAUUAAUCGUUAUAGAGGCAGACACACAUAUAGACUUUAUACAGUAUUUCAUAGACUGGAACACUCCGACUGCCAUUCACAAUUACUAUAUUAUAGAGGCAGACACACAUAUAGACUUUAUACAGUUUUUCAUAGACUGGACCACACCGACUGCAAUUCACAAUUACUACAUUAUAGAGGCAGACACACAUAUAGACUUUAUACAGUAUUUCAUAGACUGGAACACACCGACUGUCAUUCAUAAUUAAUCGUUAUAGAGGCAGACACACAUAUAGACUUUAUACAGUAUUUCAUAGACUGGAACACUCCGACUGCCAUUCACAAUUACUAUAUUAUAGAGGCAGACACACAUAAAGACUUUAUACAGUAUUUCAUAGACUGGAACACUCUGACUGCCAUUCACAAUUAAUACAUUAUAGAGGCAGACACACAUAUAGACUUUAUACAGUAUUUCAUAGACUGGAACACACCGACUGCCAUUCACAAUUAAUACAUUACAGAGGCAGCAAACAUAUAGACUUUAUACAGUUUUUCAUAGACUGGACCACACCGACUGCCAUUCACAAUUAAUACAUUACAGAAACAGACACACAUAUAGACUUUAUACAGUAUUUCAUAGACUGGAACACUCCGACUGCCAUUCACAAUUAAUACAUUACAGAGGCAGACACACAUAUAGACUUUAUACAGUAUUUCAUAGACUGGAACACACCGACUGCCAUUCACAAUUAAUACAUUACAGAGGCAGACACACAUUUAGACUUUAUACAGUAUUUCAUAGACUGGAACACACCGACUACCAUUCACAAUUACUACAUUAUAGAGGCAGACACACAUAUAGACUUUAUACAGUAUUUCAUAGACUGGAACACUCCGACUGCCAUUCACAAUUAAUACAUUACAGAUGCAGACACACAUAUAGACUUUAUACAGUAUUUCAUAGACUGGAACACACCGACUGCCAUUCACAAUUAAUACAUUAUAGAGGCAGACACACAUAUAGACUUUAUACAGUAUUUCAUAGACUGGAACACACCGACUGUCAUUCACAAUUAAUACAUUAUAGAGGCAGACACACAUAUAGACUUUAUACAGUAUUUCAUAGACUGGAACAUGCCAACUGUCAUUCCUUGAAAAGACCUCCCUUCGUGGUCCACUGGAAGAUGACCGGAGUAGCCAGAUCAAUUCACAUCAUAGACUGGAACACUCCGACUGCCAUUUGCAAUAAAUACAUAAUACAGGUAGCAUUGAAACUACAGGAAUGUGGGUGUCUUACAAAUAUUACAUUGUGUUUCUUGUAUGUGGUAUCAGUGUUACACUAAAGAUGAUAAACUUUGUCAUUUCAUUUUUUUUUAUGAAUAGCCAAUAAUUUGUUUUGCAAUGCUUUUUAUGCUAUUAUGACAGUUUGCAUACUUCUAUAGGCAAUGUUUGCCAGUCCUGUACUUUAUGAAUAGGAUGAAUAUCAAAUGAAUUUGUUUCCCCUGACAGUAGCAGGAUGACCCUCGACAUGACUUUUUAACUGUCAUUUUAAUUUUUUUAGACAUUUGAAAAACAUUCUUCUGGGAAAAGUUCUUACUUUUUCAGCUGAGAAAUUUAAGGAUUUCAACAUGUUCUAGUUGGUGUCUGUGCUACGCAUAAAUUACUAAUUGUUUCUGGGAAAUAUGUGCAGAUGAAUGUAGUGACCAUGCCUUAUACAUACUUGGAGGUCAUGAGCAUCAGAUAUGUACACUGUACAGAGGUUGUUUGUUUACAGUAGUACAGUGUACCAUGGGUAAUGCUGCACACUGUCUCAUGUAUACUGUUGAACAGUGUGCCGUGGGUAAUGUUGUUUAUUAGACCAUGCAUAAUGUUGUACACUGUAUAGUGUAUAUUGUACAGUGUACAAUGAGGGAAUAUGCAUUUUUGUUGUGAAUCUUCACAUGUGAAAUAUGUAUUUAUAUAGCUGUACAGAAAUUGAGUAUUCAUCUUCCCGAGGCAAGGGAGUGAACUGACUGUAAAAGUUCAGAUUCCACCCUUGCCGUACCAGGCUGGAAUUUCUGGGCUUGAUCGUAGCGCCACCAGUGGCUUUUACGAGGUAUGUCCCUUCUAUGCCCCUCCUAUUGACCAUCAGAUUCCACCUUGCACUUGCUUCAAAAUGGCGGCGUCCAGUCAAGACGAUCAUAUCACAUGAGAACCUUGAUUAAAAACAUGAAAAUGAUUUGGGAAAUAUCUGUCGACGCCCAGUUGACAGUACACAUUCUUUGCAAAUCCUGCAGCCGAUCAAAAUCUAUAGGUUAGAUUCCAUGUUGUUUAUGAACCGGAUGUUGAUUUCAUUACGCGAUUUUGAUUGGAAUAUGCAUAGACUCAUUAGUCCAGCCAAAACAUAACUCCAUAAUUCCAGCCUAGUUCAACAAGGAUGGAAACUGGACUUUUUAUCGUCAGUGAACUGUCUGGCCUUGGGAAAGCAGUGUGAAGCCUUGCUCAUUCACAGGAUAUAUCUAGGGGGGUGUUUACAUAUAUGUGUAUAAGAUGUCUUUAUUUUCAUGUUGAUGAAAUGAUAUAAUAACAGAUUAUUUACAAUAUUUCCCUUUUAUUAUAACACGUAUAAGAUCAGACAGUACUUAAACAUUCCAGGAAGAUAUUUUCUUAUUGAUGUUUACAUAUUUGCACUUUGGAAAUAAAUGUUGUGCGUGUGACUGCUCAGGAAUUUUAGCUUUUCAUAUGAUACUGAGAGCUGGGUGUAUUUUGUGUUAGUUUUGUUUCAUUUGUGACAUGUUAUACACGUCUAUGUUAUUGAAAUUCCUGUGAUGACGUAUAAAAACAAAACCUAUUUUUGUGACAACUCCCACUAUAUUUGGAUCGUCUGUCAUUCGAAUUGCAACUACCAAAAGAAAUUCAACAUUUAUACCUGACCAUGUGAAAUGAUAUAAAAAAAAUUAUUUGCCCCAAUUUAAUUUGUGACCCACCAGGAGAAAAGGGACCUUAGGGGGUGUCAAGAAACAACUGUGCUGUGACGUCAUAAAGAGGGACGUUUGACGGCAACUUACUUCCGUUAAAAAAAGCCAUGUGACCCGAAAUAUCUUAUUUUUCUCUCGUAAGUUUGUAAUGUAAAAUAAAAACAUUUCAGAACAUUUCAGCAUACAUGUCUACAUUCAAUAAAUCAGAUAUUGUAUCUAAAAACUGCAAUUAUUACAUAAACAGUUAGUCUGAAAAUGGGACUUUGCAGAAAAUGAGUCCAAAUGUUUGAUGCCAUUUGUCUCUGUAGUAAAUAUAAAUUGAAGCUCUUGAAUUGUAUUUUGUGUUCCUAACACAGAACUCCAGACAACUUUUUUAGCAAUUGAGUUUUUACUCGAAGGUUUCUAUUUUAUUGGAUUAUUUCAUUUUUCAUUGGGUGACCAGUAUUUUUUCACUCAUCUAUUCAUCACCCUAUUGGGUUUUUCCCAAAAUGAGUAAGCAUUUUGAGAUUUAAAAAAAAAUAAUGAAAUAAUGUUUUAGAUGUAUAUAACAGUUCUAAAUGUAGGCUUGACUCAGAAAGUAAAUUAGCUGCAAUUGUGUUUCGGAAAUCAGCUCCGUUGUACGCAUGCUGAAAAAGCUUCAUUGGGUAUUUAUGCGUGCUGUUUUCAAACAUUUGAGUUUUUCAUUUAUUGCAUGCCUUUCUGUAUGCAAGUUAAUUGACAGUAAUUGGGUUUUGAAUAGUUUUGGGGGGUAUUUUACACAAAUAAAGCUUAUCAGUAGCUCUGCUAACAUACUAUAGCUUUAAAAUAACAUGAGAAGUCAAAAUAUGAUUUUCACCAAUUAGGUGCGUUAUCUAAUGGUUGGUCACAUUUAUCAAAAGAAAGAUUCCAUGGACCUCACAUUGUCAUACUAAUGAUAUGUUCAUGUAUGAGAAGAGAAUUGAAAAACUAUGAAAUAUUUCUUCUUGAAAUGUUUUCAAAUGCCUUUUAACUUUUUUAUAUAAUAUAUAUAUUUUGUAUAUUUACCUACAGUGGAAAUCAAUUGAAGGUUGAAAACAUAUUCUGUUUAAUUUUUCAAUGUUAUUUUAACACAACUGCAAAUGUUUUUAAGGCAAAAUGUAAUUAUUUUUUUAGAUGCCACUGCUCAAUUUGGCAAAAUUAUUAUCUGAUUAAGUUGUUUUGGCAUUACACCAUUCAUGUACCCCUUACAACACUGUGUCUUUAUGUUUUAUACUGUCUGUAGUAAAAAGAAGAAAUAAAUCUGAUAAUAAAUA